GGUAAAGCGAGUUGUAACAGUUGGCACUAGGCGCGCUGCCUGUCGGACCGCGCGCUUCGCUCUGGCUAGGGCUCUUUGUUGCUGUCCGCUGUGUGGUUGUGCGUGAACGUGAUCGGCGCUAUCAGUCGGGAGUUCGAGUGACGUUUUUGAAUUUUAUUUUUAUUUUUAAAUCGUGUGGGGUGACCCGGGUUGUGAUUCGUGUGGCGGUUUGUUUAUGUACGAAGAGUUCACGGGAGGAUUACCAGGCUGUUUUUAGGAGUGUGGCAUCUUAGCAGACGAGCCGUUAUAGCCGGAGCGGACGCAUGCUUCCCCGCCGAGGCGUCGUCGGGACCCAGCGGACCGCAUACUGCGCGUCGCACGGCGGACCGGUUAUAGCUGAGCGACGUCCCACGGCGGACCUGCGAUAGCACGAGCGUGGGCCGAGGCGAGCUCCCGCCGUCCCGUUCAACACUGCGCUCGGGGAGAACUACGAGACUGGCCGCCACAUGGCCGCAUGGCGAGGCACCCGGGGCGCGCCCAGCCCGCGAUGAGCCGCCGCGCCGCCGACUCCUCCUCGCCGCCGGUGCGCGAUGCGGCCAGCCUGAAGGCCGUCAACUACGGCCCCGGCCACGAGAAGUUCCCCUCGUGGCCCGGCUCGUGCGAGCAGGCCCCCGGGCCGGGCGGGCCGCACCGCUGCCAGUCCUGGGCCGACCACACCAGCUACCCCAAGGAGCAGGCGGCGGGCUACUCGCGGCCCCACGCCAAGCGCGCCAACUCCGCCUUCACGCAGCAGCUGAAGACGGUGAUGGAGCGCUGCGAGCGGAUCCCGCUGGAGGUGUUCGAGCCGCGCGCCGAGGAGCAGCGCGUGUACCUGCCGAGGCUGGACCGCGAGGGCAAGACCCUGGGCGACAGCGACUACAUGGUGCCGUCGCCCCCCGAGCGGGACGUGGUCUCCGGCCGACCGCAGCUCACGCAGGCCGACCUCGAGGAGUACGCCCGCUCGUACCAGGACCCGAGCCUCACCCAGGUGAACCUUGAGGAAUACGUAACGAAACCCCAGCAGACGCACUUGACUCGGGCCGAACUGGAAGAAUACUCGCGCGCCUACGACGAUGCGUUACGACCGACACACCAGCAGCAGCCUUCCUACGCCCAGUCGGAAGGCUACCACAGCUACGUGUCGAGCACGGACUCCACUACCAACACUCCCUUCCUCGACAGGCUGCGACGGGACAGCGAGGUGGCCCGACGGCCGGCGGCGGGGCCCCAGGUGCCCUGGGACGACGGGGGGGAGCGGGACCGGCCCGGCCGAGACAGCGUGGCCACCACCAGCUCGGGCAGCGCGUCCAGCAGCGAGACGCUCAAGUGGCACGGCUCGCUGAGCGACGUGAGCUCGGCCGGGGGCAGCGCCCCGCAGUCCCGCCGGCUCAUCGCCCACAGCGCCCGGGUGCAGACCCCGCAGAGGCACCACUCGGAGAGCGUGCUGUACCUGGGCGGCGGGGAGUGCUGCGACGCGCACAACAGGCUGCGGCUGUUCCCCGUCAACACGUACACCGUGCAGCCCCCGCCGGAGCAGCCCCAGCCGCACCGGCCAGCGCCGGUGUCUCCCCAGCAGUCGGCACUGUCGGUGGCAGAGCGGAUCUGCGAGCUGGAGAAGCAGCAGAAGCAGCAGCUGCAGACUCGCUACACGUACCUGGACCCGGACAAGAGGCACCGUGUCUCCGACCCCACCCUCAAGGCCAUCCAGAAGAAGGCGCUGCUGUCCUUCUACGAGAGGCACCACUCGGCGGGUGGGCGGGGCCAGGCGUGGCGCUCGGAGCCCCAGCUGGCCCAGCCGGUCACCAUGGCGGCCUGCCCCCAGUCGCCGCCCCCGCAGCCACCCCCACGCCCCCGGCCAGCCCCCGCUGCGUCCUCCCGCCGGGCCUCCUCCGCCUCCGACUAUGCGGGCGGCUCCUGGAGAGAGAUGGCCACACUUCGGGAAAACAGCAGUAUGGAUCAAAGCAACAUGAAGGAUACUCAUCACCAACAUAGCUCCAGCUGUGGCUCCCUCUCUGCCGAUCUCCUGGGGCCCCUCAUCGUGGGGCCUUCCAUCUGCGUGGACGACUGGGUGCCGGAGCGACCGCCGAAGAAGCCUCACUUGCGAGCAGCUUUCCCUCCUCCAGUGCCCGACCGGAUGCCCAGCCCCGACUUGCCACCCCCUUCCCCACCUACCGUCCUUGAAGAUGAGGUAUUCAACUCAGAGGAGCCUCUCCCGCCACCUCCACCGGAGCUGGCUGCCCCUGAUUGGGCGGCGAGCGAAGCAGGUGCUUCUGAUAGGAACUCUUUAGAAAGUCAUAAUGGUCCGACCACUGAUGGUGCUUCUCAAAUUCCCACCAAUGCAGACAGCGUAAAUGUGCCUUUAAAGUACGAUGGUAGCAUUGUUUCAACUCAGAAGUAUUUCGAAGCCCAGCAGAAACAUGCAGAUGGUCAAACAUCUUAUAAGACCACUGAAAACUCAGCACUUCCUGUGAACUGUCCCACAUCUCAAACACAGUCAACUAACAUGCCUUUCAGACAUUCAGAAUAUACUGUGCAAGAUAAGGCAGUAAAUUCUGCAGGUGGCCCAUUAAACCCAGAAAACAGCAUAUCUUUCAAACUCCAAGAAAAUUCUGCUGUUAAUCCCAGGUAUCCUGACAACAAGUUUUCAGCAGCAUUCAGACAGUCAGAUACUUCUUUCAUGAAUCAUGUUUCAAACAAUAGGCACAACAGUAACUCUCAAAGGCAUCAGUGGAGUAGCAACUUCAUCCAAAGGUCACUAGACAGCGUGACGUCCUCCCAGAGGUAUUUAGAGAAUGGUCCAGUUUCGUACGACCACCAAGAUAACUCCCGGCCUUACCAAAGGCACAACCAUGAUGUAAUGACAUCAUCUGUUCAGAGGCAUCACGCAAGUGCCUACUCUCCAACCAAACAUGGUGCAGAUGGGCACAGAUAUUCAGAGAAUGGGUUCUCUAGCAGUAGAUACAAAUAUGGUCCUAGCUCUCCUCAAAGACCUCAGCAGGAAGAGGGUUCUGCAAAUCAAAAACAAGGGAUCACAAACGUUGGUGCUACAAAUCCAAAGAAUAAUGGGAACGUGAGUGUUCACAGAAGCGAUAGUAAGUCUGCAAACAAACAAGGACUGCAAAAGCCUUUAGAAAAUGGGCUUUCAAAUGGUCAUAGCUACGUUGGAUCCUCAGUGCCUCAGAGACACAGUGAUGGAUCAUACUCACAGAACAUCUCAAACUCUUCAUCAGUUUCAACUUCUCAACCGUACAGAAGCAUGAAUGUAUCCUUCAAGAGAUUUUCUUCGAUGAAGCACACAGAUAACAGUGCAGCGGAGGAUGCCAAUGCUAGUCUGUCCAGGUUUUCUGAUGGCGCUCGCGCGUCGCUGCGGUACCCUACCCAGAAACUCAUGGUGAAUGGGAAACUAGCGACUUCGCUCAGCGAGUGGGCACCGGCCAGCAACGUCAUGUCCCGUAGCGACGGCAACAGGGGCAGCGUCCGGGUCAAAGCCGUCAUGGAGCCGUGCAGAGCCCGGCUGCAGAGGGUCCCAGCCGUGCUCAGCAGCAGGGAAGUGUCUCAGCCGUUGCACGGCUCGCAGAGCUCGGGCAGAGUUCCCGAGUCAACUAGAAUCCCGAUGGUGCAGAGCAACAAAGAAGUUGCUCAGAUAACUCACUGCUGCGGCAAAGUAGUCGAGUCAGCCAAGUUUCCUUCAGUGCAAACCAGCAAAGACUUGCCUCAACCAGUGCUGAUAGCCCACACUUGCAGUAGGGUGCUGGAUUCAUCAAGGGGGUCUGUAGUGCAAAGCAGCAAAGUUCAAGAAUCAGGAAGGGUUCCUUUAGUGCAGAGAAACAAAGAAGGAGUGCAGACAGUUCAAGUUUCUAUUAAAGUGCCAGAAUCUUCUAGGGUAAUGACUUUGCCUAGCUGCAAAGAAACAUCUUUGUCUGUACAAGUGCCACAGAGAGCACAAGACUCAGCAGGGCUUUCUCCAGUGCACAGCAAUAAAGAAGUACUUCAGCCAGUGCCCGUGUCAGUACCUCAGUCUUACGGCAAAGAACCGGAUUUGACUCAGGUUUCGUGCCCGCAAAACAGCAAAGAAGUGCCUCAGUCUGUGCAAGUACCCCAGAGUUCCAACAAAAUUUUACAGUCAACACGUGUUUCUUUGGUGCUGAGCAGUAAAGACACUCCCCAGCCUGCGCUCUCAUCUCACAACCCUGGCAGCGCACUGGAGUCAACUAAAGUUCCUUUAGCGAAGAGCAGCAGUGAGUCGUCACAGCUGACGCCGGUGCCUUGCAGCCCUGACAAACUUUCAGAAUCACCGAGGGUUCCCUCUCCAGCAGAUGAAAAUGGAGGUCUUGAAAUCGCCACACUUGAAGAAGACCAACAGAGCACCUCCAAGGCCUCGUACCUGGCGCAGCGCCGCGACAGGGACCGCGGCCUGGGGCUGCCGGACUGCGAGGGCAGCUACAAGAGAACCAUGUCCCCCUCCCCCGCCAGCGGGCCCCUCGUCGAGUGCGACAGGGUGGCCAGCUGCGGGAGCCUGGCGGAGGGGCCGGAGCUCGAGGAGGCGGGCACCGCGGACGACGCCGCCCCCCCGCCAGAGCCGCCCCCGCCCCCGGCGCCCGCCCCCGCCCCCGCGCCCCUGCAGCUGCUGCAGCGGUCCGAGGUGGUGCUGAGGGUGGGCGCGGCGACCAGCGACGCCGCCUCGCAGACGGAGCUAGACGCCGCCGACGAGCCGGGGGCGCCGGGGGCGGAGGGGGCGGAGGGGGAGGCCACCCCCGCCUCCCCCGCCACGCCGCCGCCCCGCCCGGCGAGACACAAGCUGCAGGAGGAGAUCGACUGCGAGAGGCUGUCCCUGGACCUGGCGAGCAGCCUGUCCCCGUCCGAUAGACUGCAAGGUAUUCUAGUUCCCGGUCCCGACUACAAGAAGGUGACCGACUACGUGAGCGGGCUGUUUCGGCUGGACAUCCCCGCGCGGCCCAGGGCUUCCCAGCGUCCCGCGACCAGCACGGCUGCGCAGCACGGCACGGGACCGCCGCUGGACAGUAAUAAAGACGGCAGCAAUGGGCCGGAGAGUCCGCUCCCAGCCAACUCUGCAUACUUCACGACGUCUGAGUCGAAAGCAAAGUUUCUCACUCGCUACAGCCGUGACAUGAGCCAGUCGGAGCAGGUUGGGGCCAUGGACCUGCAUCGGAAGAAGGAGGAGCUGAUGUCGCGGCUGGACCGCAAGCUGGAGGUGCUGCGCGAGGAGCGCCGGCUGCUGGGCGAGGAGUCCCGCCUCAACGAGGAGCUGGGGGACGGCGUGGCGGGGCAGGUGGCCCGCCUGGCGCGCCCCCACGAGGCCGCCAAGUACCGCCUGCACGUGGAGGAGGUGGGCAAGGUCGCCAGCCUGCUGCUGGGGCUGUCCGGGCGGCUGGCGCGCGCCGAGAACGCCCUCGCGGGGCUCGCUGGCGACCACGCCGAGAAGAAAAUUUUGGAGAGCAAGCGGGAUAAACUGAAAGAACAGCUAGACGAAGCAAAGAAGUUGAAAGAGAACAUUGAUAGGAGAAGUGUGCACGUGUCUAAGAUACUGUACAAGUACUUCAACGAAGAGGAGUAUGCAGACUACGAUCACUUCAUAAACAUGAAGGCUAAACUGAUAAUGGACUCUCGUGAGAUUGCAGACAAAAUCAAACUCGGCGAAGAGCAGUUGGCUGCGUUAAAGGAGACGUUAACUUCCCCUGACUGAUGUGUGCAUAAGUGUUGCUGUAAUGUGUACAUACGUGCAAUUGUGCUGGAUGCAAGUGUUGUGUGCUUGAUGGUCAGGUACCAGUACCUACUCUCCUAAUGCUCGUUCCGUGAACAUGCCGCAUGUGAUUUAACAGUUUUGCUUCGUCUCGUCUUCACCUUUCUUGGCGCGAGGAAUCGUAGACUCGUCGACCAAUGAGGGGUUUCACAAGGUGCUCGACUCGGUCGACCGACGGCAGCUAGCACAGUUCCCUGUGGGUCAAGUUGUGAUGCGACCAGACGAGGGAGCUCGGGCUGCUUCCAGCUGGCGUCCCCGACACCUCUAGCCACUUGGGUCGCCUGGUGUUGACAGGAGCAACUGGCCUAGAUGGUGGGGGUACCGCUAUGCAGCAGCCGAUUGCUACUGCUCAGUUUCUCCUUGCUGUGUAGAUCUUGUACAUAACAUAUAUUCCUGCUAAACUUCAGCUGAUUUACUCUGGUGUCAGUGAGGCUGCAGUCUCAACUUAAAUGCUUAUUAAGUGAAAGAGCUGAAUUUAUGCACAUUUGGAUCAUCAGCUAUGUUCCAACUUAUUUUUUGUUGUUUUUUAUAAUGAAGCUAAAUAAAAUUAUAUUUGUUCAAGAGGAACAUGUAGAGAACUUUUUUAUCACCAAAAUCCAAUAUUAUAAUUAACUGUAAUGCAUUACCAACACAAUUGUAUUUUCAUUCUCUGACAAAAUUCAAAAAUAAGCAAAACAAAUAUGAAAGUACUUGUAACUGGUCAUAGUAAUGUUCAAAGGUUCCUGUAGAAUGCAUUUUUUCGAUUUCCGAAACUAUAAGUAAUGUGGUUUUUGUGGUUGAAGCUGAAACCCCAUUCUCACACAAGUACAUAUGUACUUUUAUUAAUACAGCUAUUGAAAAUUAAAAAAGUGUAGCAAAAAAAAACGAAGCAUAUUAUUUUGCAUCAAACACAAAAAUUAAUUUAUAUAAUACACAUGGUGCUCUACUGCUGCCAUUUUAGCUAUGAUACCAACUUGUCAUUUAAGACGAGAUUACUUAUUUCAAGAGUAUGAUGGAGGAAUGAAAAAAAAUUGACUUCGAAAAAAACUCUUUUUUUUUUUAUUGUAAACCUUAACUAUCACUUCUACAGUUCCUUACCCCAAACUAGUGUGUAAUUUUCCACACUAACUACCACAUAGUCAUGAUAGUAAAUCUGCAAUUAUUAACAGGUACUAAUUUUUUUCUUGCCACAGUAUAUCAUUUUACAAACUCAAUAAAUAAUUUUUGCUUACAAUUUUAAUUAAACCUUUGACUUAGAGAGUAUAUCAUCAAAAAAUAAAUUAUAGCUUUUUAAAUAAAUUCAAAUAAAAUAAAUUCUAUGGCAUACAUUAUUCUAGCAAUAUACAUGAAAGUUUAUGCAUUUCUGUUUAAAACUUUUGAAAUAUCAAUUCAAGUCAUUAUUUUAUAAUGAAUUAGCACUAUUACAACAAUCUGAAUGCAUGAACAGAAUAUACAUAGUAUCAGUUAAUUCUACACAAGCUUUGAAUCACAAGUACAGUUACUUAAGUAAGAGCACAUAAUGUGUUGUAUAAGGUUUACUCAUAUUCAAUUCAAGAAGUAAUCUCUCUUUAAGCAUCACUAGAGAUGUGUAAAGUAGACUAUAUAAACACAUAUAAUUAAUUUAAAAAGUUCUACUGAUUAAAAAAAAAAAAAAAAAAAAA